ACACGAGGUCACAGACGCUCGAGCUGAAUGCCCACACGCCUAGUCACUUGGCACGUGCGGGUGCUUGUGGAUGUAGUACCCAUCGGGCUUCUUCUUCCAUCCGAAAACCCAUAAUACGCAGCCGCAGCACAACCACCCCUUCUUCCUACCGCGCAUGUUAGCGGAGCUCCGGCUCCCUUAAGGAGCCUCAGCUCUCUCUCUCUCUCUCUCUCUCUCUCUCUACAAAAUCCAAACUUCAAAACCCUAUUUCCAUCGAAUCUCCUCACAAAAAUGUCGAAACCCUGGGCAGGAGUCGGCGCUUGGGCCGCAGAUGCCGAACGCGCAGAGGCCGAAGAGCUAGCCGCUGCAGCCGCUGUGGCCGCAUCCUCCGCUGGAGAAUCCUCUCAGAGCUUCCCCAGCCUCAAGGAAGCCACCGCCGCGAAACCCAAGAAGAAGAAGGUCAUGACACUAUCAGAAUUCACGACAGGUAGUAACGUUGGACCUGGCAGUGGAAAGCGUGAUUCUUCCUUGGAAUUCAAGGGAUUGACGCAUGAAGAGAUGUUUCGCCUCCCAACCGGGCCCAAGGAGCGGACUGCUGAAGAGAUCGAGCAUGGCCGUCUUGGUGGUGGGUUCCGCUCAUUUGGUCGUCCUGCCCCGAUUGGCCGCAUGCGGGAUAGGUCGGAUGAGGGCACCGAGUCUUGGGGUGGCGGAGGUCACAGAUCUUCUUAUGGGGGUUUUGAUGAGGAACGUAGGGGCCCACCGCCUAGAACUUCUGAUUUUGACCAGCCUUCUCGUGCUGAUGAGGUUGAUAAUUGGGCAGCUGUGAAGAAGCCUGCUGCAGUUGUUCCUAUGGAUUCUGGACGACAUGAUCGAUAUGGUUCCCUCGGUGGAGGAAGUGGGUCACGUGCUGACGAGGUCGAUAACUGGGCUUCCGGGAAGAAGUCGCUUCCAGCUAGAUCCGGCGGCUUUGGUUCGGGUUUUAGGGAUUCAACUCUGGAUUCUGAUCGAUGGGGCAGGGGUGGCCCACCACGAGAUGUGGAGCGUGAGAGGCCACGGCUUGUUUUGGAUCCGCCAAGGGUUGAAGGUGGAGGAUCUAUGAAUGAACCUGGGAGGACUCGGCCGAGCCCAUUCGGUGCAGCCCGUCCGAGGGAGGAUGUUUUGGCUGAGAAAGGGCUGGAUUGGAGGAAAGUGGAUUCAGAGAUUGAGGUCCGGAAGACAAGUCGUCCGACAAGCUCGCAUUCUAGCAGGCCUUCAAGUGCACAGUCAAGCCGGCCGGGUAGCCCAGCUGCUCAGGCAGUGGAAGGAGCUGUGAAGCCCCGCCCUAAAGUCAAUCCAUUCGGGGAUGCCAAGCCUCGGGAAGUUCUGCUGCAAGAACAGGGAAAAGAUUGGCGGAAAAUUGAUUUGGAGCUGGAGCAUCGCCGUAUUGAGAGGCCUGAGACGGAUGAGGAAAGGUUGCUGAAGGAAGAGAUAAACCAGCUUAAGAUGGAAAUGGCAAAAGAAGCUGAGGUGAAUGUGAAUGGAGAAUCCACACCAGCAUCUGCUGAGGAACAGGUUAGCCUAGGUGACCAGAUACGACACAAAGAAAGGGACCUACAGCUGCUGAUAUGUGAGUUGGAUGACAAAGUUCGGUUCAGCCAGAGACCUAGUGACAGGCCCACUUCUGGAGCAGGUAGGCCACCUUCCCAGUCUGGCAUGUCAGAGGAGUCAAGAAGCAUGGAGUUCAUGGAGAGGCCCCGUUCCCGUGGAACAGUGGGGGACGUUUGGUCCAGGUCUGGAGACGACAGAAGAGCAUUUCAAGGCAGCAGGGAAAGAGGAUUUCUAAGCAGCAAGGACGUAGACAGGUCCAAGUCCAGAGAAAGAUGGUGAAGCUGUCAAUGGUGUGGAUUUCUUUCUGUCAUCUUCUUUUUGUUUUUUUUUGUUUUUUUUUUUUUUUUUUGUUUUUUUGUUUUUGUUUUUCUGACACCACAACAGAAUAAUGCUUUCCUAUGUUUUUCAUGUUAGUCAUUUUGCACCUGGACAUAUGGUGACAAGUCUCUUAACAAUAUCGGAAAAACCUGACUCCGAUUAAUUUAUUGCUACCUUGAUAGGGUGUAAAAUUGCAAUUCUUUCCAUGUCAAGGCAAAGCCUUCUUAGCAGUGUUGUUGCCUUUGAUGCUA